AUGCUGGCUAUCAAAAAACCUCCCAACUAUUAUUAUCCAUACCUAAUAAUUAAACAUCCUACAGUAGGAGUAACUGGUCAUGUUCAGCAAGCACUCAACUGUGCAGUAAACUGGCAGACUGUCGAUCAAUGUUACGUCCAAGAUACCUUCAGCAAAGUCGAUUACAACAAAAAGGUUUUCUCGAUUCUGUCUGGCCUGUUAUUGGUGCUGGGUGUCGAUGUUGGUGUUGCUGUUGCCGCUGCAGCUGUUGAUAGUGGUGAUAGCGGUUAUGCCGUUGGUCAGUGGGCAGAGCUCGUUGCGAAUGCAGUGAUCGCAGAGUAG